AUGGCUUUUGCAGCUAUAAAUUCGGCGGGCACGCCCAUUACCGCCAUCGAGGAGGCCUUCGUCACUGAGCCCUCGCUCAAAAAAAGAGUCUACGAUGCGAUCGGACAUACACCGCAACAUGCACCUUUAUUUGAAGAUCUUGCUCGUUACACAUCUUCCCUGCAGGCCAGGGCCGCGAGCACUUCACUUCCGAUCGUACCGCCACCUACCGACGGCCCUGCCGCGAAGAAGCGCAAAAUACAAAAUGGGAGCUCCGUAGAGACAGCGCAGGCGUCUGUCAGUGUGAAGGAUGCGCCGGUGCAGUUCUACGUCCAGGACAUUUCUUUCGCUAUGCCGCAGCGCAAGAAGCUCACGCUCGAGGUCACUGCUGGGUACCUUCGCACGAGGAACCAAGCUACAAAGGAGGUGGAAUUUGGCAUCCCGAUGGAUAAAAUCCGCCAUGCACUGUGCCUCCCGGUCCCAGAAAAGACGCAAAAACAAUUCAACUUCUGUAUCGUUCCCGAAUUCGCAGAUGGGAUUACGUCGCCUCCGGAAGGCACCUCAGCGCCAGAUGCCAUGGUGUUCACUGUGGCCGAUGGCCCGGCUAAAGCUGCGUUCUCCGAAUCUGGACAACAGAUUGGCAACAACCCAGGCGAGACUGCGGAGGCGUUGAUUCGGAAGCUUCUGAAUGAGAACAUGCCUAACACAAAUUUUGUGCGGCCCGAUGAGAGAGAAUUUGUGAGCGCGACGCCUGAGGCGCAUCGCAAGGGUGAGAAGGCAUAUCAUGUCAAAGCAUUCCGGGGCAGCAAAGAAGGCUAUCUAUUCCUGCUCUCGACAGGAAUCUUGUUUGCUUUCAAGAAGCCGCUUCUUUUCUUCUCGUUCGAUACGGUCGAAUCCGUCUCUUAUACAUCCGUUCUCCAGCAUACGUUUAACCUGAACAUCAUUGCUCGUCCAAGAAAUGGCUCCGAGGAAGACAAUCAGGAAUUUGAAUUCUCUAUGAUUGACCAAGAAAACUUUGGCGGCAUUGACGAGUAUAUCAAACGUCACGGUCUCCAAGAUUCAAGCUUAGCGGAGGCUCGCCGUGCCAAGGUGUACAACGUUAACGCCCCUAAAAAUACGGAGGAGGCGGCUGCUGCCGAAGCCACAGGUGCCGAGGAGGAGAGCGAGUUACAAAAAGCCCAGCGAGAGCUUGAAGACCAGGAGGACGAGGAGGACGAAGAAGACUACGACCCAGGCAGCGAUGGUGAAAGUGAGGGCAGUGGGUCAAGCAGUGAUGAAGAUUCCGAUGAAGACGAAUUCCACGAGAACGCUGAAAAUGUCAGCGAAGGAGACGAGGAAGAGAUCAAGGAGGAGCUCGGCAGCGAGGCCGAGGAUGGUGACGAUGAAUAG